CGAUUGUAAUCGAAACAUUCACAUUUGGACGCCAUAUUGUCAUGUCAGAGUUUUGACGGUGGAUGGUGAAUGCUUGAGAGAAUAAUUUUCUACAACAAAUUGUUCUAAUACGUGUUUUACAAUUUAAGUGCGUCUUAUUUCCCAAGACGCUGGGUGCAGGUAGCAUCCUGUGAACCAUGAGCUAUCAGAUCCCGACUUCACAAAGCCGUACAAUGUCUCACAGCAACUAUGGAGGAUCUGACGUGCCGAUGGCCCCCAGUAAGGAGCAGCAAACCCUGCUGUGGCAGCAGAACUCCUACCUUGUGGAUUCUGGUAUCAACUCCGGAGCUGCCACUCAGGUGCCGUCACUUACUGGCAAAGAAGAUGAUGAAAUGGAAGGAGAUCAGCUCAUGUUCGACCUGGACCAAGGGUUUGCCCAGGGUUUUACCCAGGAGCAAGUUGAAGACAUGAACCAGCAGCUAUCUCAGACCCGCUCCCAGCGUGUCCGAGCCGCCAUGUUCCCGGAGACCUUGGAGGAGGGUAUCGAGAUCCCGUCCACUCAGCUGGACCCUGCCCAGCCCACUGCUGUCCAGCGCUUGUCGGAGCCUUCGCAGAUGUUGAAGCAUGCUGUUGUCAACCUGAUCAACUAUCAGGAUGAUGCUGAUUUGGCUACCAGAGCCAUUCCCGAGUUGAUCAAGCUCUUGAAUGACGAAGAUCAGGUUGUAGUAUCUCAAGCUGCCAUGAUGGUCCACCAGCUCUCGAAGAAGGAGGCCUCCCGCCACGCCAUCAUGAACUCUCCCCAAAUGGUGGCCGCCUUGGUUCGCGCCAUAUCCAACAGCAACGACCUAGAGACUACCAAGGGAGCCGUUGGGACCUUGCAUAACUUGUCGCACCACCGUCAAGGCUUACUCGCUAUCUUCAAGAGCGGCGGGAUACCCGCUCUCGUCAAACUACUGAGCUCUCCUGUGGAAUCCGUCUUGUUCUACGCCAUCACCACCCUCCACAACCUACUCUUGCACCAAGAUGGCUCUAAGAUGGCCGUACGCUUGGCCGGCGGUCUUCAGAAGAUGGUGGCGUUACUCCAGAGGAACAACGUGAAGUUCCUGGCCAUUGUGACUGACUGCCUCCAGAUCCUGGCCUAUGGCAAUCAGGAAUCGAAGUUGAUCAUUCUGGCUUCUCAAGGACCUAUCGAAUUAGUGAGAAUCAUGCGCUCUUACGAUUACGAAAAGUUGUUGUGGACUACUUCAAGAGUUUUGAAGGUCCUUUCCGUGUGCUCGAGCAACAAGCCGGCCAUCGUGGAGGCGGGCGGCAUGCAGGCGCUCGCAAUGCACCUCGGCAACCCGAGCGGCCGCCUAGUGCAGAACUGCCUCUGGACCUUGAGGAACUUGUCCGACGCUGCCACUAAGUUGACGUUUCCCCAGGUCGAGGGGCUGGAAAACCUGCUUUCCAGCCUGGUACAGGUGUUAGCCUCCACUGAUGUCAACAUCGUCACCUGCGCAGCUGGCAUCCUGUCCAACCUGACGUGCAACAACCAACGUAAUAAGGUGACGGUGUGCCAAGCCGGCGGAGUGGACGCGCUGGUGCGCACCGUGGUGUCGGCGGGCGACCGCGAGGAGAUCACGGAGCCGGCCGUGUGCGCGCUGCGCCACCUCACCUCGCGCCACGUCGAGAGCGAGAUGGCGCAGAACGCCGUGCGCCUGCACUACGGCUUGCCGGUGAUCGUGAAGCUGCUAUCGCCGCCGUCGCGCUGGCCGCUGGUGAAGGCGGUGGUGGGGCUGGUGCGCAACCUGGCGCUGUGCCCGGCCAACCACGCGCCGCUGCGCGAGCACGGCGCCGUGCACCAUCUAGUGCGCCUGCUCAUGCGCGCCUUCAACGACACGCAGCGGCAACGCACGUCAGUCCCGGGCGGCACGGGCACGGGCGGCGCCUACGCCGACGGCGUGCGCAUGGAGGAGAUCGUGGAGGGCGCCGUGGGAGCCCUGCACAUCCUGGCUCGCGAGGGGCUCAACCGCCAGCUCAUCCGCCAGCAGAACGUCGUGCCCAUCUUCGUGCAGCUGCUGUUCAACGAGAUCGAGAACAUACAGCGCGUGGCGGCUGGCGUGCUGUGCGAGCUGGCGGCCGACAAGGAGGGCGCCGAGAUGAUCGAGGCAGAGGGCGCCACGGCGCCGCUUACCGAGCUGCUACACUCGCGUAACGAAGGAGUCGCAACCUACGCAGCCGCAGUCCUGUUCCGCAUGUCCGAAGACAAGCCUCACGACUACAAGAAGAGGCUUUCCAUGGAGCUGACCAACUCGCUCUUCCGCGACGACCACCAGAUGUGGCCCAACGAUCUUGGAAUGCAGCCCGAUUUACAGGACAUGCUCGGCCCAGAGCAGGGAUAUGAGGGGCUGUACGGUACCCGACCGUCCUUCCAUCAACAAGGAUACGAUCAAAUACCGAUAGACUCGAUGCAGGGCCUUGAGAUCGGCAGUGGGUUCGGCAUGGACAUGGACAUCGGAGACGCCGAGGGCGCAGGCGCCGCCUCCGCCGACCUGGCCUUCCCGGAGCCGCCGCACGACAACAACAAUGUGGCGGCCUGGUACGACACAGACCUCUAAACCUACACACCCAUUUAAGCACUAUACUCUGGCACACCCAGCUUGG